CUUUAAUGAAAAUACUAAUGGGAAUAAUCUAGCUUUCUGAUAGCAUUUGCAUCUCUUCUGUAUCUAUACUCCCCGACACAACCAUGGCCGAACGUGCAGUGCGAAAAUCCACUUCCCCGGGCGAGGGAAGCAGCAAGCUACCCCGAUCUCCUGGGUCGUCGCCGCGCUCAGUACCACGGUCUGCAACAAAAUCCCCUAAAGAACAGGAGCAGGGUGAAUAUGUUGAUUAUGGAGGAGAGCCAGAGGACGAUGCGACUUCGGAUUACGCAGAGGACUUUUUGAGUGACACCACCUCGAUCAAUUCGGAGAUCACAGCUUAUCGUUUUGAGAAUGGGCGACGGUACCACGCAUAUAAGGACGGGGCUUAUUGGGGCCCGAAUGAUGAAAAACAGAAUGAACAGCUUGAUCUUGCACACCACAUGUUCGUUAUUCUCCUUGAAAACAGAUUGGUGCUGGCACCAAUCCGUGAGGACAUCCAGAAUGUUCUUGAUGUCGGCACCGGCACCGGAAUUUGGGCCAUAGACUUUGCGGAUGAAUACCCCUCCGCUGAGGUCAUCGGAUCCGAUCUAUCCCCAAUCCAACCAAGCUUUGUGCCACCCAAUCUCAAAUUCGAGGUUGAUGAUGUGGAAGAGCCCUGGAUACAUCCGACAAAUCACUAUGAUCUGGUCCAUGUGCGCGCGCUGUAUGGGGCGAUUGCGGACUGGCCAGGGUUCUAUCGCAACGCGCUCAGACACAUCCGACCUGGUGGCUGGAUUGACCAACUGGAAAUGUCCAUCGAGUUUCGAUCGGAUGAUGGCACAGUGAUGGACGAUCAUGUGCUAGCUGUGUGGUCCAAGACGUUUAUUGAGGCUGGAGAGAGACUUGGCAAAACCUUUCGCAUUGCGGAUCUCGCCAAGGGAUAUAUGCAGGAAGCGGGCUUUCAGAAUGUGACCGAAGAACGAUUCAAGCUACCGGUCGGGCCCUGGAGUAAGGACGAACGGCUGAAGAAGCUGGGCAUGUGGAAUUUGGCACAUUGCGAAGGGGGGAUUGAAGGAUGGGCCAUGGCGCUGCUGACGCGACUCAUGGGGUGGAGUUAUUCUGAAGUACAAGUCUUCCUGGCACAGAUGCGAAAAGGACUUCGGGACCCAAACAUCCAUGCCUAUUUCUACGUUGUCGGGGUAUAUGGUCAAAAGCUAUGACCCUACCGGCCUCCAGCUGCCUUUUUCAUCAAGAAGGCAGAAUAAUUCUUGCAAUUGAGGCUUUCAAAUACAUCAAUUCCAAAGGAUCCGAGCCACCGCAAAGGCAUAUAUAAUGUCCAAUUUUCUACUCUCGAUAACCACAUACAUGGUCGCCGCGCACGCGUUUAUUCAACACAAUGCAGUAGUUGCCAUUUAUUAGGCCAUAUUAGAACUAGUUGUCCUACCAUGUCUAAUAACGUAAUCAAUCACCGAGCCGCGGAUACCACCGAGCCGCGUGUUUUCGCUACACCUGCUAAAGUUUUGCAACUUUUCCGCCAUAAAACUAAAU